AUGAAUGGUAAGCAACUUCAGCUAGAUCCCACAGUGUACAUCGGUGAAGAAGGCACAAGAUUUCGCUUGUGUGGUAUUAUUUGUUUUGGUGGCUUUCAUUUCACUGCAAGGAUUAUUGAUAUGAAUGGUCAGACAUGGUACAAUGAUGGAAUUGUCACCGAUAAUACUUCAACAUUAGAAGAUCCUCUCAAGAUGACACAUCGUACUCUCCUCAGCAAAGCACGUGGCAGAGUUAGCUCUGUGGCAAUCUACACUAAACUUUUCUGA